UGUUGUUCGCUUCUCCCUCGCCCGUGAUCGCUCGGAAAGGCAAGUGAGCAGCAGCAGCAGCGCCCUGUGCAGUGCCAGUGGAGAGCAUUUGUAUAGGAGUUGCACAGCGCGUCGGACGCACCAGUCGGAGAGACACACCAGCGCACCUACCUGCAGGCAGCUAAAGGAGGACUCGGCACACACAUAGUGAACGCAUCGUCGUGUUCCGCCGCGACCCAAGCGAGAGCGUCGUUACGCGCGUGUGUGUUGUGUAGCCCCGUAGUAGUGCCUUCCAAGCGGUGGGAUUGGCCAGACCGUGUUCGAAACGUCUUCCAGAAAGAUUGUGCGAAAAACGCGUCGAGUGUGAAUUUGCGGAGAAGCCCAAAAUAAAAAUCACGAUCCUACGAAUCAACCCCAGAACGAUCAUCGAACAAACGUCCGUAAACAAUCCUUGCGACAGCUAGAAAGGGUGUGACGCGAGUGUGCAAAGUGUGUGUGCGUGCGAGUUUAUAUGCAAGUGAAGACGAAAAUCUGACCCUCCGACACCUUUGAAAGGGCCGCGCCAGGGAAAAAAGUGUUAAUCGUGCAUUGCAUCAGCGCUCGGAAACGCACGGCCCACUAAUAAACAUCAAUUUAAGCGGGUGCAACAGUCGCGCCGUGCAUGUGUGCAAUAGCAACAAUUGACAGCAAUUGAAAGUGGCUUGCAGGGCGCAUCGAGGCGUGUGUGCGGAUAAGCCCUUUCCCGAGACCGGCCCGCUACCGAUGAAGAUGAUCAUUUUGUCGAUCUUUCUCGAGAGUCCCGAUUGAUACCAGUGUGUGUGUGUUUGUGUUCGUGUACCCGUGUACUGAUCAGUACUGAAAGAGCGCACCUGUGCACUUGCCAAUUCUUACACUGCCCAUAUAGCACCAAAGUGACCAAAGUGUUCCAAACAGUGUGUUCACACGUAACGUUUAAGUGAUUGUAGACAGAGCAGAGGGCGAGGCAGACGACGGAAACCGUAAACAAAAUCUCAGGAGCAUUUCUGCUUGUGUGCGUUUGUGUGAUAGUUUGGUUUUGUGAUGGCCAAACCAUUUUCGCUACCCGAACCCGGCCCGGGCGGAGGAUCGUCCUCGUCUGGCGCGGGUCCGCCCGCCAACAACGUGUCUUCUAACUCGAACGCGGCUGCUGGCGGUACCGCUCCCAGCACUCCCGCCCUCCCGAACGGUUCGGGCAGUGGGGCGAGCCAUCCGGCCAAUCCGGCCGGCCCGCUCGGGCAUCCACCGUCCGCUCCGAUCCCAAUGCCCGUGCCCACCUCGCCCCAGCAGUACCAUCUGCAGCAGCUGCACCACCAUCACCAGCAGCUGCAGCAGCACUACCAGGCGUACCAGGGCCCGCACGGCACGCUGAUGGCCGCACCGCCCGGGUCGUCGGUCGCCGUGCCGGUGGAUCCGCAUCUGAUGCUGCCGAUGACACCGCCGCCGAGCGGGUUCGCCACCACCGUCCAGACGCCGCAGAUUCCACCGGUGAACGAGCAGCUGGUGCAGGCCCUGUACGAGGCCAUCUAUCGCUGUUCGCUUGGAGAUGUCCCAACAACACCGCUGUCCCAGUCACCACCGAGCGCCUCCUGCAGUCCGUUCGCGAACGGUAACUUUUUCGGCUCGGGACAGGUGUUCUUCCCCCGCACUCCGGCCAAUACCGCCAACGGGCGUAAUGGUGCGCGAGUGUUCUUCCAGCAGACACCGAACCCGGGCCCGCAGUACACUCCGGUGGGCAACUCCCAGUCGCAGCAACAGCCACCGCCCGGGUCCGCAAACAGUCAUUCCAGCAGCAGUGGAGUAAGCAGCUCCGUCGAUACGCCAUCGUGCUCGUCCGGCACGCCGCACUAUCAUCAGGGACAGCUUCAGCCGAUCCAGUUCAACUGGCACGACGACGGAGAUUCGAGCGAGUCGGAUGCGUCCACAUCGCAGGCCACUUCCUCGUCCGGCUGCAGUCCGCACUGUCUCGGGAUGGAUGGCAGUGGACCGAGCAGCUCGUUCAGUACGCCAUCUUCGUCCACCGUCAUGAGUCCGUCCUCGUCCGGUGGUACGCUCUAUGCUGCCGUGCCGCCCCAUCUCGACUACAUGGCCGGCCGGGAGCAGCUGCAGGAGUUCCCGGGCAAGAUCCCGCAGCGUAAACGCAAAUCGCGCACACCAAAGCCGAAGAAACCGGGAUUUCUGGAGCAACCAUUAAUGUGGCAGAUGGCGGUUACCGCGGCGCUCAUUGUGCUCGGCUGUGGAUAUCUGGCGGCAAGGUGAACCGACGGCAGCAAACGCUUGUCCCAAGUUAGCUCACAGAGCCGUUGGACAAGACAAACCAGCAAGGGACGAACCAGGACCCUUAACUCCACACCAUAUCCCCAUCCCAUCCCCGACUGGAGCGCUGGAUUUCUGGAAUUUCUAGAAGCAAAAGUGUCAUUUCUGUGUGCCGAAAGAUGUGUCCCAGGCUGAGCGAAGAAAGAAAAAAGCAAAAACUCGUUGGUUUAGAACUUACACCGUGAUAAAAAAAAGAUAUAAGAAUAACGAAGCGCAAAUCGAAGAAUCAGUGUGUGGAGGAAGCGAAAGGAAAAACUCAUAUUGGUCUCAACUUGCAAACGUGCGAGUAAUUUCACCAAAUAGCGUUAGGGAACAGUUUCUCUCCUGUCCGAUAAGUGCCACACUUUUCCAAUGUGCCUGUUUCACACGCAAGAUCCGAAGAACUCGGCAAAGCAAGAGGAAAGCGAAGCUUGAAAAGACCCAACCCGGACUAUAUGUUUGACAUUCUCUGUACAUCCCGAUCUCGAGUCUCGAGUGCAGUCGAUCGAUCGAAGACGAUCCUUCACGCGUUCAUUGUUGCAUUUUAAAGCUGUUUGCCUUUUUUUUGUUUACAAGCACCGUGCGAUAGGACAGGACACUGAAGGCUCAACUUUUCUACCCUGCAAAAAGGGAUCUUACGAAGGAGCAGAAACACUUACCAGCUGAUUUACAGCUUACCAGGAUAGCGUUAGGCAAUUUCUAUUUUCGGGAACUAGUGCAUAGCGAACCAUAAGUAAGGUGGCGGCAAACCGACGAUGUGUAGUGUGUAAUAUUAAAGUUAAGACCGUGUUGCGUGUAAGCUUAGUAGCAGUAUUACAGACAGACAAAGGACGCGCCCCGUGGCCGUUGAGCUUUUAAAAAAAUGAUGUUUUAUCCCAGAUUUCGUGCAACGAUGCAUUUCAAACUACGCGCGUUUCGGUAGCGCUUAAGGAACGUGGUGCGCAGCCAUCGAGUUUCGUUUUAACACUUCCCUUUUAACCCAUUAACAUUACGUUCGAUCUCUUUGUUGUACAUGUUUAUACCUCCCUCGGAACGAAAGCUUUUCCUCAAAGUUAAUCAAAUUUGUUUCUCUCCUUCCAUCUCUGCCAUUUUGCAACCACCCGAAAAGCGAGUGUGGGUUAGGUUUAGAAGUAGGAAAUGCUUGUGUUGUAUCUCAGCCGGGGAGUAUAUACUUGUAUCCAGUAUCAUUUUUUUUUUUUUAGCUUGAUUCAAAUGAUGAUCUUCACGUAGAAUAUAGAAUGAUUUUACCGACGAUUUUACAACGAUCUAGCUAAAGUUAUUUUAACGUUUAUUUCCACCCUUACAUAGGAUUUCGUCUGAUUCAACUCAGUUGUAAAACACACAACAACGAUUUAUCAAAUCGAAAGCCAUACAUUUUAGGCUCCAUAGUCCAGGGCAUCGUGUCGUAGUCAUCGGAUUGACUCACAAGAAAUUUUAGAAGUGUCCUGUGGACUUGAGAUAAAUCGGAAAACCCUGUAAGACAGCAUUUGCCAUUGGGAGAGUCGAAUCGAAAUGAAACAAGGUAGCAGAAGCAAUAAUGGUUUACCAGGUAUCCAUUGAAUAGGCAGCAACAUUUUUCAGUGUAUUUAGCAAAGGAGAGGAUGAUAACUGUGCGUUUAAUGAGGAAAGGUAAAAACGCACUGAAGAAUAUAUCUUCCUCAAACCACCUUGUACAUGAAGAAAUCGUCCACCGGAAGGCGAUAAAUCGUGAAGCAACAGUGCCAACGCGUGAGGACGUGAGAGAAAAGCAUGCAGCAGCAUUCAGCUGCUGUCGAUAGAAAUUUAGCAUAAUUUGGUACAAUUAAGUGCUUUUGGAUCAAUUCGCCCGAUGCAUGGCCACAACUCCAUGUGCCUUCAGGAAUGUUGAUGUCUCUGUUCUUUUUUUUAUAUCUUACAUUUAAGGCAUUCUAUAAGCUAAGUGUGAUUCGAAAGACAGUGAGAGGGUGAAUAGCUACAAGAUAUGAAGCGCUCGAAGUAUAGUUAAAUUCGUUACAAGGAGGAAUGUUACUGUUGUAAUUCGUUAUCAGACACAGCAAUCAAAUCAAAAAGCCCGUAGCGUAAAAACAGCUAUGUGAAAAGAGAGAAAAGAAAGCUGCAGUUCACUGUGUGAUCCAAUCCAACCUGCGCACAAUACAGCACUGCUGCGAGUGAGCUUAUCUGGGCUGCUAAUGAGAACGAAGAGGAAACCAAUCCUUUAUUCCAAAUAUUUGCAAAAAAAGAAAUUGUCACUGUGUUAGGUGCCCAAAGAUUUUUACUUUUGUUUCGCCGAUAAUUGCUAAAGUGUUUCUCCUUUCCUUCCAUCUUGUCUGUACAACAAGCGCCUUAACGUGCCUUCAAUUCUUAUGUUCAAUGCACCUUUUCAUUCUGUUUGUAUUCCGCUGCUACCGUAUGCAAUAGAUGGGGAGACAAAACUAGCAAACUAAAGAUGAUGAUGUUGUUACAUGGGCGGAAAACAAAGACAGGAUUGAUCUCAGUAUCGGCACUCGAAUCAGUUUGUUUGUAUAUCGGUUUACCGAGCUCCUUUGAGUUAGAAUAAUUUGGCGCAAUGCAUUUGGUUUACGCGAGGAUACCGAAUCCAUCAUUCAACACACGCAACGCACAGCAUGUGGCAAUGAGAAGAAAAUUUAAAUUAAUAAGCAAAGCAUACGGCAAACGAAUACUAGAGGUAGACGGGUUCGUUCGAAACGGAACCGUUGUCGGUGAUUAUUAAAUAAUUUACCUCUGGGGAACGCUUUUCCGAACGCAUUUGGCUUCUCCCAGGAAGAACGCAACAUUUUGAAGCGAUAGAUACGCAGGCCUUAAAAACCCGCCCCGCUUGAACUACUUCGAGAUGAGAAGUAGGUAAUUUGUUUUUGCUAAGGUUAGCUUAGCUUUCGACGAUCGGAACAUACAUGUGUGUUGAACAGGUUUGCAGAUAGAGUGCAUUCUGGAAACACGUGCAGUAGUAGCAUCGGCGGUACUGAUAUGGCCACCCCAAAACCGGGUAUCUGUCGUUGAUUGGAGUGUUUAAUUCUUUUUGAUGUUGUGCUUUUGGCGUACGGAAGGGGCUGUGAUGUAGAUGUUUGAUCUCAUUUUAUUAUUUUUGUUUGCAGAAGGAGGGAAGAGCUUAUCGGAAGAGGAUUUAUAAAAAAAGGAACGAGUAAAAUUUCAUCGAAUAAGGUUUCUAGGGAAGUAAAAAAGCAUAUAUGAAUCAGGCGUUUAAAGCUCCAGGGAACGUUGUACUGAAGAGGAAACUUUGUGAAAGACACCACCGCACCUUACCACGAUCAUUCUAGCGAUGCUACUAGAGAUGACCCAAAAGAUCGCUACGAUGAUUUUUGACGAUAUUUUUCUUCUAUUUUGCAAUUCUUUUGGUUCUAACACUGAGACCUUAUGACAUUUUUUUUGCUGCAAAAAUGUUGCCAAAAAUGAUCGUGGGAGAUCUAGAGGGGCCGGUUCAGAAACCACCUGCGACAGAGAAGGAACGUCAAACGGAGCUCAGAUGCGCAACGCUGCUAGGCAUUUUACAUUUCUUACGUAUAUAUGUAUUUUUUUUUUUGUUUUAUUUGUUUCAUUUUUAAGACAUUACAUGAUAGAACCUUUUUAGAACAUAUCGAACAUGCCGAUUUGUGCAUUUUUAGUAGUAUAGAUAAAGUGCUUUUUCGUGCGUCGGUCAGUUAUCUGGAUCGAGGCAUCUGUUGUUGGCUGAUGGCGGUGUAGUAAAACCCCGAGUAAACGCGACGGGAACUUCGAUUAGAACAAUAUGUACCGAUAGAUACGCAUUGUCACGCAUUAUAUAGUUGUUGGAAACUGUAUCUCUCUUGUAUGAUCGCCAAUAAACAUGAGGUAAAGCAAAA